GAAUAGUCAAGAAGUGGGGAAACUUGAUAUUUCUUGGUCAGCCCAUUCAAUAACCACCGAAAAAUGAGCAGUAACGAUGGUACGUACCAGCCCUGAAACCCGUCCAUUAUCAAUAUUAACGUUUAGGCUUUGUUCCCAUCAUCGCAAUCUUCUACGCAGUGUUCCACCCGACAGAAGGGACGAAGAUUGUCCACCAGGUACCAGCCAAUACCGUCAGCACCUCCAAAAACGACUCAGGGCCCGCGCUCUUUGCAUUUGACACUGUGAAGAACUACGUGAUCCCCAAACCCCAGUUGUGCAACCGCCUCGUCACCUUCAAGGUCAACCAGUAUAAAAUUGCGGGGUUUCCAAUUACCAUCUAUUCGGACAAAUACAUGCGUAACUCGUUCAACUUCAACUUCUGCUUUGUGUUUCCGUAUGAGUCCGAUUCUUUACCCUACGAAAGCUCGAUCCGGAAAAUUGGUGAGAUGUUUGCGGCAUUGGAAGAACAGUCGAAUAUUCUCUCGCGAAACGAGCCCGAUGUAUUCUAUCGGAUCCCUGAGACCAUCAUAAACCCCCGGAAGGGCAGCCAGACGAGUGUGACAAGCGUCGAUCCGCCGACGUCCGGCCUGAAGGCGGCUGCUGUGAAUCCCGCGUCAUCCAGUUUUAUAUUCUCCCAGGAGUUCAAGGGUCGGUUUGAGCAGUUGGUUGCGUGCGAGGAGGAACAGGACGAGCAGCAGCUCCAGCAGGCCAAGACCGACUACCUCACGAACAUUCCCCAGAGCGAACGGCGCCAGACCAAGAAGCUCAACCUUGAGUCGCUCAUCCAGCAGAUACACCAGGACUUGAACAGCUAUUCAGAGUGUUUGAUUCCGUUGGAUGAGUCUAACUCUAUCGACAUCAAACUCUUUCCCAUCUUUCCGCCGCCCCCCUUGAUCAAAUCUUCAGAUGUGCCUGUUUCCACAGUAAAGCUUAAGUCGCUUGUGGACUUCAACUGGGAUCCCACAAUGGUGAAGAUCUUCCCGUUCAUAGAUGGCGUCAACUCCGUCAACCGCAUCAGCCAGUUGGCGGAUGCAGAUGUCAAGAUGACCAAAAUCUGCAUCCAACACCUAAUGUACUACAAGUGCAUCGUGAUUCUCGACAUUUUUCAGUUUGCCAACAUCUACGCCCCCACCAGCAGAAUUGCUGACUUCUUGUACGACGACAUGGCCGACGAGUGCCAGGACUAUGUGGUGAAGCCGUACGUGGAAUCACGCAACAACACGCCGCUAAACACCCCUGGCGUCACUGAGGGGCCCCAGUUGGAAGCUGCAGUACAUAUAUCGAACCCAACCGCCUUGGUUGCUAGCACAUGGACGCAGAGCCAGAUUCGCUCGGGAAGUCCUCAACACUCCCGCAUCUCCACGUAUCUCAAUAUGAGCUCGGCCAGCCCCGGAAAGUCCAACGCAAAAGAGUCCAGUAGCAAGCUUGAGGCUACUGCUAACAAACCCUUAGUGUUACCCUCAAAGUCAAGCUUGUUCUUCCUCUACCGGUCACUCCACCAGGGCUCCACGGUGCGCGACUGGUACGCCGCCAACGUUAGCCUCCUCACCCACAUCGACAUCAGGCGGUUUAUCACCUUUGGGGUCACCAAGGGUAUUAUCUACCGUGUAAGAGCGUAUCCCAUCGCAGAGGAUGCGUUUAACAACAUUGAGAUUGGCGAGAGUGCGGAAAUACUGGACGAUAGACGAUUUUCCGUCAGUCUUAUGCGGGGGUAUACCGACAAGGAUAUCGGAACGACUAAUCCGCUGCUGGGUGCCUUCGAACUGACCAGUGGAAGAAAGGGCAGGGACACAGGUAGCAACGAGUUUUUGCUCAAGACUGACAAGUACGAGAACGGGAGGUUUAAGAUUGAGAAGCGGAAGAUUAGUUUUACGUCCGCCAAUAAACCGGUUCUCACACUGCAAAUCAAGGUUUCCGGCGAGCACGAAGUGUUUGACACCGAUUCAGACGUCAGUGGAAGCGAUGAGGAGACAGUUGGGUAUCCAGAAUUGAGGAACUACACUCGCACCACUGGGGCUCGGGCCAGAAUCCAGACUAAGGCAUUGACCCCAAACCCUGAAAAAACAAAGGUGAUGCGACUUUUAAGAAGCUUUGAAGAUUUCGACACUAUCUGCACGGAGUUAGGGAGAUCACGGGGGGAGGUCGAGACGCUCAUUCGGAAUUUUGGCAGUGUCAGCAUUGUAAAUAGCUAGGGUGACGGAAAAUGGAAUUAGUGGAAAUUAAGCUUCUCAGGGGAGGUAUAGACGUAAAUAGUUGGCUCUUGCCAUGUACGCAAUACAUCGACAGGGAUGAGAUUGUUUGUCAACUGGAAAUUGGAGGUACUCAAAGUGUCUGUACUGGUACACGAGUCACUAAUUAAGAAUAUUACUCCCAGCCGGCCUCUAUGACACAGGCAUAACAUCACCAGGGAAUACCCAUCAACAAUUCAGCACUGUUGAAACAUACUGCUGGCGUACUUUUCUGUGUGAUCUCGGCCAGAUGGAUACGGCACCCAAUACCGUGUUUCUUUUUGAAGCUAUGCCUCGCGGUUUACAGAUCAAACAGUUUGAUAUCAGACUUAUUAACUCUUAAGCUACUAUCCUCUGGUGCGAAGUACUCCGACAGAAAUUUAGCCUACUUGUUAUGACACACAACUUAAUCAACUUAUACCCUAUGGAAAGUUC